GCACGUGUGGCUGUUGUUGCUGGCUUUCCACACAGUGACAGUUCGUGCGGAGCAGUGAGCUCCGUGGUGCUGCUUUAUGGUUGCUGCUGGAUGAAGCUCGUGGCCCCGACGCUGGGGUGUGCUGCAGCCUUCGCUCUGUCUGUGUUGGGGUCUCAAUGGGAGAGGACAGCGCACACACCCAGUCACUGGGGUAGCGGAAGAAACGGGCACCUAUCUCUGGUUGGAACCCUUGGACUCCAUUGGACAUGUGCAGCAUUGCAACAGUGUGCAGGACACGCUGGAGUGUGUGAGAGCCCCCUGCUGGCUGGAGGAGCGCUUCAUUGCCGGGGCUGCUUCACCAUGAACAACAAGGAGACAACCACUGAGUCUGACAGUAGCAGCCAGAUGAAGGUGUUUCUGCCUAACAAGCUCCUGGAGUGCCUCCCCCGUCCCUCUGCCCUGCCCAAAGAGAGACUGCGCUGGAACACCAAUGAGGAGAUUGCAUCCUACCUGAUCUCGUUUGACAGACAUGAAGAAUGGCUAUCCUGCUCGCUGAAGACCAGGCCUGUGAACGGCUCCGUCAUACUGUACAACAGGAAGAAGGUGAAGUAUCGCAAGGAUGGCUACUGCUGGAAGAAGAGGAAAGAUGGGAAGACAACACGAGAAGAUCACAUGAAGCUGAAGGUGCAGGGCAUGGAGUGUCUCUAUGGUUGCUACGUCCAUUCCUCCAUUGUCCCAACAUUCCACAGGAGAUGCUACUGGCUACUGCAGAACCCAGACAUCGUGCUGGUACACUACCUGAAUGUGCCAUCCCUGGAGGAUUGUGGGAAGGUGAGCCGUCCGCUCUUGUGUGCAGUGGCCGAGCGACGGGACAGCCUGCGCUGGACCAGGGAGGAGCUGCUCUCUCAGCUCAAGCCCAUGUUUCACAGCAUCAAGUGGUCCUGCAGCAAUGGCAAUGCAAACGGCACCUCUGAGUUUUCCAUUGAGCAGCUGGUGCAACACAUCAUGGAUUCCCAGCAGACGAAACCUCAGCCCCGCACACACGCCUGCCUCUGCAGCACGGCCCUCGCCUCCGCGGGGGCCAACAUUCCUCACCGCUGCAACAGCACCAAACACCGCAUCAUCUCCCCUAAACUGCCAGCACGCCCCCUGCCCUGCCAUGCCCUGGCAGAGGUCCAGAACCUGGCUGCCAGCGAGGGAGUGUGCUGCGGGGGCAGCCGUGAAGCCGAGGAGGAGGACACGCCAACUGGAGGAGGAAACGGCAGAAGUGGAAGUGGUGGAGGGAAGACGGCUGGCUCGUUUCCCCAGCCGCAAGCCCCGGUGACGGUGGUUCAGAGGCUGGAUGUGCGAAGUCCACCAGUGCCCCAGGACAGUGUGGGGGUCUCCAAGUUGAAGACUGUGUCCUCACCGGGCUCCACGGACUCUUCUGCUACUUCUUCUAGCCCACUUCAACCACAUCAAGCCCCUCCCCUAGCGCUCGGCAAUGGCAGCAGCACUGCCCGCAAUGGUUUCUAUGGAAACCAGAGGAGCCUGGCAACUGUGACCUUGCCCCAGAAUGCUGUCAUUGUCAUGACGACUGCCAUCAACAGGGCCAAGGAUGGAGAGGACUCCAAAAGGGAGCUGAGCUUCAACCGUGUGAACCCGGCUUCCCCCCGCUUGUCAGUUGGCCCAUCCAGCUGCCUGGUUCUAUCACCUGUUCCGCCCAAUUCUGAGACACCCCCUCCCCCUGCCUCCACGCCCUGCACCUCAAUCUCUGUCACCAACUCCCGCCCCCACUCAAGCAGCACCCCCACACCAGGCGUGGCCACCCUCAGUCUCACAUUGCUGCCCAGCCCUGUGAUUGGGGGCCUUCUUUUGACUGACCGUCUCUUACCUGGGAGUGAUUCCUCUGCCCCGCUCUCUCUGCUGUCCCCUCACCCACCCUCACCUGCUCCGUCUCCCCUGCCGGCUGCCCCUCAGCCCCUACCACCUUGUUCCUCCUCCCCUCCCCCAUCUGCCCCUACCCUUGAAACUCCCCCAGCGUUUGACCCAGACUCCUUUCUCAAUAGCCCUAAGCAGGGGCAAACCUAUGGGGGGCCUUCCCACACAAAUUCCCUCUCUACCCUGCAGGCUUCCCCAUCCUCUCUGUCCCCACCUCUCUCGUCAUCUCCAUGUGCCCCCUCACUGUCCCUCUCCCCCUCCUCACCCCCAUCUUCCUCCUCCCCUUCCUCACUAUCCUCAUUCUCAUCAGAGACAGAGCGAGGGAAGGAUGGCGAACGGGAAGUCACCUCCUUUGUCACCACCUCUACAUCCCUUGCUUGCUCUUUGUCUCUCUCCCCCCACCCACCUUUUGCCCUAUCACCUUCCCAUACUGCACCCCCUGAACUGCCCCUCUGUUUGGAGCCCUCCUUGAGCUUUGGUAAUCUUGAGGGGCUUGAGGCUGAUGACCCGGCCGUGGUGGGAGUAGAUGGCCAGAGAGAGGGCCAAAACUUAGACAGGGAUGGGAUUCUAGGCGGGUUCCUGUCACCAGAGCCACCUCACUCGGAGCAGGGCGUGGACCCUGUGCCAGAGUGUGCCGAGUCACAGUCUUCACAGCUUAAAAGCACUACAGUUCCACAGCCUGGUGGCCCACAGCUGGUGAAUGAUGGGUUACUCCUGGUACUGCAGCAUCCUGAGCAGCAAAAGCAGGAUCAGACUGUCCCUUCUGAGCAGCCAGAGCUGGAAGUGAAGGAUCAAUCAGUUCAUGUGUUGCAGUAUGCACUGCGGAAGAUUCCAGAGGAAUAUGGUCAGAGGUGCGAAGAGGCACCACAGCUGGACCCACAGCUACCAUUUGCUCAGCGGGGGCUCUCCCAGCAGAGCCUAAAGCGGGAAGGGCCUGGACACCAGCUGCUGGUCCUCCCAAAGAAGCCCCUUGCUAGUCAGCCAGCACAGACACAGCAAGAGGAGGCCCUUCGAGAUUGCCCUCUGGGAGACUUUGGGAGCAGUCACAAUGGGCUACGCAACCCUUGGAUACAGGUGAAAGAAGAGCAGCUACCUCCCCCUCCAUCCUCCUCCUCCUCUUCCAGCCUAGGUUGCUGUGAGGUGGAGGAGACACCCAUGGACACCAACAGCUUGGGUGAUGGGGGCAGCAAUGCAGGCAAGUCUGCACUGGGGGAUCUAUCCGUGAACAGCAGGAGCACCCCAGCGGGAGCAGAGCAGAGCAACCCCUUUGUCAUCUCCUUUGACAGCCAGUUCCCAGACCUAAUCUCAGAGCUCAUUGCUGAGGACUGCCAGACAAACCAGACUGAGGGGACUGCACCUGAGCUCCAGGCUCACCCGGUCCCAUUCCCCUUCCCUUCACCCUCUCAGUCACACUCUGAACACCUAGCCUCAGAAGGGCACUACAUAAUGCCCCCACAGUCCACCUCAGUAUCAUCCUCGCUUUCGUUCCCUGACUUCACCACCUCGAUAACGUCCCAGGGACAGAGCAGCGACCCAGGGACAGAGCAGCGACCUCUAGCUACCAUCACAGACUUCUCCCCCGAAUGGUCUUACCCAGAGGGUGGUGUGAAGGUGCUUAUCACAGGGCCCUGGACGCAGACAGCAGGCCGCUACUCCUGCGUGUUUGACCGCAGCACCGUGCCUGCGUCACUCAUCCAGCCAGGAGUGCUGCGCUGCUACUGCCCUGCUCAUGCAGCAGGACUGGUCACACUCCGGGUGCUGGAAGACACGGGCUUGGCCUCUUCCUCUGUGCUCUUUGAGUAUCGCCCCCGCUGCGCCUCCUCUCUGCCCUCAUCACAGCUUGACUGGCUCUCCCUGGAUGACAACCAAUUCCGUAUGUCCAUCCUGGAGCGCCUGGAACAGAUGGAGAAGAGGAUGGCAGAGAUGGCUGCCAGUGACAGUCAGCGGCAGCAGGUUGCACGUUCAGUGCCAGGCACAGAAGAGAGGGUGCAGGCUCCUCAGUCCGGUCUCUGGUUCGAGCAGAGGAUUGUGGCGAUAUGCGAGAGGAUGAUGGCCGUGGGACAUUGGGCAAGUGGAGGUCAGCCCACAGACAGCGGAGAAAGGCUCCUCCACUCUACCCGGCAUCGCGGGAUGACCCUCCUCCACCUGGCAGCUGCUCAGGGUUAUACCCAGCUGAUCCACACACUCAUUCACUGGAGGACCGUAAACCCAGGCAGCCUGGACCUGGAACAAGAAGUGGACCCUCUCAACGUGGACCACUUUUCCUGCACACCACUGAUGUGGGCCUGUGCUCUGGGUCACCACAAGGCAGCUGUGCUGCUCUUCCAUUGGAACAGUCUGGCCCUAGACAUCCCUGAUUCCUUGGGCCGGUUGCCGCUGGGUGUGGCUCGUUCCCGGGGCCACACCCGACUGGCCCUCUGCCUGGAGGAGCUGCGUGCCCACUGUGCAUUGCCAGAGGAAGAAUUCAACCCAGGGCAGACAACACCUCUGCCGCCUCCACCCUCUCCGCUUUCCACAAGCCCUGACACAGGACUGAGUUCCUCCAGCAGCUUGGCUUCCCCCGGCGAUGCCCCAUCACGUUCCCCCAGCUCGGCAUAUUCCAGUGGCUCAGUCCCUUUGGAUUCACCCCUCUACAGUCCUGCAGACCCCAUGGACACCUCGGCCCCAUCCUUGUCCACUUCUUCGCCACCGCCCUCUCCACCACUUUCCCUCCCGCCCUGGGACGAAGCUUUUGGUGAAGCAGGCCAACCCCGCGAUCCCACGUUGCCCAUGGAAUUUGAGUCGGCUGGAAGCCUCCCUGGAACGCCACAUUCCCAGCGCUCGGACUUUGAGGCUGAACUGCUCGGAUUUGGUGAGGACAGCGAGAACCAGGAAUACCUGCCUGCUGUGGAGGAGAUUCAGGUGGACAUGGUGACACUGGCAGAGCAGAUUAUAGAGGCCACCCCUGAGCGCAUCAAGCAGGAAGAGUUUCCCCGCAGUGCAGAUUCCCCACUCAGGGAGAGGAGGGAUAACCCAGCCAUCCAGAGCACCAUGCCCUGGCUGGCCACCUACCUUGACACGGUGGAGACCAUGGCUGCCAGCUCUCCUUCAAGGUGUGUCCAGCCAAUGCCGCUGGCCCCCACAUGCCGGUCACCCCGCUCCCCUCGCCCACCCAGCAGCAGCGCCUCCUGGGCUGAAUUUCUGGGCGCAGCGGGCAGCGGUCGUGUGGAGCGCGACUUUGCCCUGCUCACCCUGAGUGACAUCGAGCAGAGGGAGCUGUAUGAAGCAGCACGUGUUAUCCAGAAUGCCUUCCGCAGAUACAAGGGCCGCAGACUGAAGGAGCAGCAGGACAUGGCAGCAGCAGUCAUACAGAGGUGCUACAGGAAGUACAAGCAGCUUACAUGGAUAGCCCUCAAGUAUGCCCUCUACAAGAAGAUGACGCAGGCUGCUAUCUUGAUCCAGAGCAAGUUCCGCAGCUACUACGAGCAAAAAAAGUUCCAACAGUCGCGGCGGGCGGCAGUUCUGAUACAGCAAUACUACCGCAGCUACAAGGAGUACGAGCGGCUGAAGCAGAACCACCGUGGACCUACAGCGCUCAACACCAAAAUCAGGGGUUCAUUUCUUACCAAGAAACAGGACCAGGCUGCUCGCAAAAUCAUGCGAUUCCUGCGCCGCUGCCGACACCGGAUCAAGGAGCUAAAGCAGAGCAGGGAACUGGAGAGUCUACAGGCGAGGAACCUUGCAUCAUAACGGCCACAGCCUUUCAGUGGGGCUGGAGGGAAGCAAUCGCUGACCAAUGAGGCAUGCGUGCAUACGCACACACACGCAAACAUGCACACACUCAUGCUCUCACAAGCAUAUGUACACAAACGCAGCCCUCUUACUUGACUCCGGUCACUGACUCUGAGUCUUUCCUCCCUCCUGCACAAAGACAGUCCGCAGUCCCUCUCACAUCCGCACACUCCCUGAACGCGACAACACCCCCACCCCAUCCUCUCCCUCUUUCCCGCAGUCGUCGCUUUGCCUUCGCACCUGCUUUGUUUCCUGACACUGAGGGAGAGGGACGUAACAACUGAAAGAACAGACAAAGACAUCUGCCUUAUUUUUCAUCUUUCUAAUGAGACCAGAGAGAGUUUACAACUUGUCAUUUCUCUGCUUCGGGCUCGUAGAUUCUCCUUUUGUUUUCUUUGCAGAGUCGGAAUACAGCUUUUUCAGAAUGUAUUGCACUGUUGUGGUAUUCUUAUAGGCAAAGUGUGUGUGUGUGUGUGUGUGUGUGUGUGUGUGUGUAAUAUGUACACACACAGUCAUUGAUAUUCUUAUUUAUUGAAUAUACUUUUUACAGGCAUGUUUUUUACAUUACUGUACUUUAACAGGAGAGGAUGAAAUAGCUCUCCCUGAUUGACAGCUUGAUGAACUCUUUUAACUUGAACUAACACACCAACCGAAGUACUAAAGCUCAUUCAAGUCUUAAUCCAGCAAGGUUGUCAAUGUUUACUUCCCUCCCCUCUUCUUACUUCCAAACGUUACCAGUUUGUGUGUUUAUUUCAUAGUUGGACCAAUGCUGGGUUUAGCUUUUCAGACUUUACAGUGAAUGGGGAGGAAGGAUUAAAGAAAAUGUCAGCUAGUGCCUCUGUGACGUAAGCCUGGGAGCGAGUUGUGGAGGCAGAGAUACCGUUAUACCGGCUCUGUGCGCGUGUGUAUUUUCCCCUCCCGUCUCUUAAGGUUAACCUAAAGUUGGUCCCUUGUGUGUAUGAUGGCACUGAAAUAUGGUCAUUUCUACUGGCUACCUGUGCAUUUUAUUUACUCUGAGUCUGGUUUCAGUUUGGUUCCACCUUAAACUGAAGAUCAAGACCUGAAUUAAAAACUCUUACUGGUAUACAUGCUACUUUUACUUAAGUGCUCAAUUACAGAGACUCCAAGUGUUCAUGUACUUGUUUAUAUAUUGCAGGGAAAAGGUUUCUGCUGUGUGUUUGAGUGUAUGCAUGUCUGUGAAUGUCUUUUUUUGUAUGGAUUGGCCUGUACCUUCGUGUCUUUAUCUGUGUGUGACUGGUUUUAUGUCUGUGUGUGUUGUGAUUGAGGCAGAGUGAGAAUCUGUGCGUUUUCACUUGAGCGGACUUGCAGGUCUCAGUCUGCAGUUUGCAUUCAAGUGAUGGUGAAGUGAAGGUGUGCUGUACAAACAGGAUGACCCACUCAGUCAGUUUAGGGGAGCUGGGGGUCUUUUUUUGAAGGACAGAGGGGUACACUCCUCAAGCUUUCAGUCCCUCACCCCAGCAGUACUGUCUGGCAUGCCAUUAACCCCAUGAUGAAGGAACGGCGAGCAAACGAUGAAUGGCACCAUGACUCAAAGUGGGUUUCACCGCUUGUGCAGGAUGCCUCGCAGUUUCGUGACUGGAGGUGUCAAACCUGUGCCUUUAUGCUGAGGGAAGGAACAAGGCUGAAGUUAGUCCCGGUACCUGAGAAUUAGCUGGGUUUCCCUAGACACAAGUGCUUAAGACUAUCGGUACGAGAAUACGCGAUACGCCUGUAGAUGUGCUGCAGUAGGAAUGUUGAUGUGACUGAGGCCUAGGAUUCGCAUCUUUGCGGCCUGCUGUAUUUUCGCUGAGGCCCAUAUCGUUUGGUAACAUGGUGCACAUUUAUACCCUCGAUGCACGGAAAGAAGCAGCUGGAGCAGGCUGCCCAGCGCAAGCUGCAUCGGAUCCUGAGCUUUUCACACCUUAGAACGUGAGUCGUGAACCUGAAACGAGUCAAUGCCAUUAACACGGGGUCCUUAACUGCAUUUUCUUGCAUUGCUAGCCUGCACUUCACAGAGCCAGUUAGAGGAUUCUGCUUGUGUAUCUACAGGUAGUCAGUAAUUUAUGUGAUGUGUACAAAACUUUUCUUUAUAAACCGUUCUAGUUUUAAAUGUGCAGUGCCUUUUUAUUUUGUUGGUGGUAGGAAGAUUGACAUCAUGUGUGACCUCAUUUUGGGGCAUGUUGGAAGGCCUGGUGUGUGCUUUUUAGAAUGCAGUUCUGAGCACUCUAUUCAUAACCAGUGUGCAGUGUUUGUGUUUUUACACCAGGUGUUGACGACAGACAAUGACACAAUAAAGUAACUAAGAUUGUUUUUAAAAAAAAAAAAAAAA